GGGAAGGGGGCGGGGCUGCCGGGCUAUUGUUACUGUAGGUGCCAUGGCAACCGCGUCACGAGGCAAUCCCUCCCUCUGACAACCCUGCUGUGGCUCUUGCGUCUGGAUUUGGGUGAGGGCAACAGAGACGGUCUUUUUUGUGUGUCUGUGCGCUGCCGAAUCGUGGCUUUUCCCGAGGUGGCUCCGCAGCUUGAGCGGAAGGAACAACGGGACUAAAAAUCAAGAGAAAUGCUUUCUAGUCCGAUUCCCCGUGCGAAUCUGAGCGAGUCCCCCAGGGUUUCGCGUUAAACGAGACAAUUAGAGUAGAUGUUCUCAGAGUUUCCAUCCAGUUCCGGCCCUCCGUGAAGUGUACGGACCUGCCGGAGUCCUCCCAAAAGGAGGAUCAUUCUGAGCCCGAGCCGCCACUAAUCGGGAUUUAAGUACUUGAUUAACAACGUUAGCGCCAGCCGCAUCCCGGAGGUCCUCUUGUAUUUAAUGUAAUUUAAUCUGAGGCCCAGAACGGAAGUGACUUGCUCAAGAGCACUCUGGGAGGAGGAUGGGGACAUCGAGACCCGGAGAGGGGAAGAGGUUGAGCCGAGUGUGCCUCUCCUGAUGUCUGAGUUCGGCGCACUUCCCCGCACGGUGCAGGGCCCAGCGCCGGCAGCGUGGGGAGAUCAUGCUACAAGAACUCUUGAUUCAUCAACCAAAGGAGCCCAUUCAGUUUAUGUUGGAACACUUAGAACGAGACAAUGAUAUGGUGCCAAGGAUUUUUAUAUUGGGCCCACCUGCCUCUGGGAAAACGACUAUUGCGAUGUGGCUCUGUAAACAUUUGAAUGCCUCCCUCAUUACAGCAGAGAACUUAAUAUGGAAUAAGCUUUCUGGACUAGCUAUUAAAGCACUUCAAAUAUAUGAAAAAGAAGAGGCAAUUCCUGAUUUUCUAUUGUUGAAAUUGCUCCUGGAACGUAUGUCAAAAGAAGAAUGCAUCUCAAAGGGCUGGAUUUUGGAUGGUAUUCCUGAAACUCGAGAACAGGCACUGAUGAUACAGACUUCUGGAAUCUCUCCCAGGCAUGUUGUUGUGUUGACUGCUCCGGAUACUGUCCUGAUUGAGAGAAAUCUGGGCAAACGGAUUGAUCCUUCCAAUGGAGAGGUUUAUCACACAACUUUUGACUGGCCUUCAGAGCCUGAAGUUCAAAAUCGGCUGAAGGUACCUUUGGGCAUCUCCGAGGAGGAAACAGUCAAAAGGCUAAUGGAGUACCACAGGAACAUUACUAGGAUUCUCCCUUCUUAUCCUAAAAUUUUGAAGAUUAUCAGUUCUGACCAGCCUUGUGUGGAUGUCUUCUACCAGGCUCUAACCUAUGUCCAAAGCCAGCAUCGGUCGAAUGCACCUUUUACUCCAAAGAUUUUGCUUUGUGGACCCACAGGCAGUGGGAAAAGUCUACAGGCAGCUCUCCUUGCUCAGAAAUAUGGCAUUAUCAAUGUCUGCUGUGGGCAACUACUGAAAGAAUGCGUUGCAAGCAAUUCGAGAAUUGGAGAACUCAUACAGCCAUAUUUUCAAAAGAAAAUGCAAGUUCCUGAUCAAAUCAUCAUAAAAGUUCUGUCAAGCCGUCUGAAAAAACAGGAUUGUAUUUGCUAUGGAUGGGUGCUUCAUGGUUUCCCUCAAGACUUAGACCAAGCAACUCUCCUGAAUAGUGCGGGACUCAUGCCCAACAGGGUAUUUUUUCUGAAUGUACCAUAUGAUUCUGUCAUUGAACGGUUAACUCUAAGAAGAACAGAUCCAACCACAGGAGAAAGAUAUCACUUAAUGUACAAGCCACCUCCAACAAUGGAGAUCCAGGAGCGUCUUAUGCAGCACCCAGGGGAUACAGAGGAGAAAGUGAAGGUCAAAAUUGAUUUUUUUUACAGAAAUUCUUCUUUGCUGGAAGAUUUUUUUGAUAAUGUCAUUUAUGUCAAUGGGGAUCAAGACCCUUACACUGUCUUUGAGUACAUAGAGAGUGGGAUCAUUAUGCCUUUGCCCACUAAAGUCUCACAAUAAGCAAAAACCCACUGGGUUUUACUUUUAUGUAAUAAUAUCCCAAAAGGACAUGUAUUAAUUUUCCUUAGUAUUUUAGAGCCAUGGCAAAUUAAAUAAAGAGUGCAUAUUAUCAUUUCUUUGGAGAGUAAAA